CCCUGCCAAGCCCGUCUCGCUCUCCCAUCCCACACCCCUUCCGGCGACAGACGCAGCCGCAGCCUCGCCUCUCCACCGCCGCCUCCGAAGUCUCUCCGGUAGGAUAACUGGAUCCUCCCGGAGAAUAGCAGCAGAGUAAGGAGGAACAGAGAAUUCGCCGGUCAUGGCAGACUACGAGCAGGAGCAGGAGAUGGAACUGGAGGCCCUGCAGUCCAUCCUCAUGGACGACAUCAAGGAGAUCGACCCCAGCGAGAGCGGGAUCGACACCACGGCCCGCUGCUUCGAGAUCCUGCUAUCCCCUCAGGAUGAUGAUUUUGACGAGGCAGCUCGUGUGCCAGUUCAAAUGGCUCUGAUAUUUGCACACACUGAGAAGUACCCGGACGAGCCUCCACUUGUGAAUGUCAAAAGUGUACGGGGUAUUAAACCAGAAGACCUUACAUCCUUGAAAGAGAAGCUUGAACAAGAGGCAACUGAGAAUCUUGGCAUGGCUAUGGUUUAUACUCUUCUCGACUCUGCUAAAGAAUGGUUAACUGAGAAAUAUGGUCAAAAUGCUGGAGAUGGGGAAUCUGAAGAAAAUGAAGAACCAGCAGAGGAGGUCAUUGUACCCCAUGGUGAAGCUGUUACUGUGGAGAGCUUUAUGGCCUGGAGAGAACGUUUUGAAGCUGAAUUAGCGCUACAGCGUGCUAAGCUUAUGCCAGAUUCAGCUCUUACAGCCCCAAAGGAAAAGAGACUCACCGGGAGACAGUAUUUUGAAAGUGGAAGGCAUAUAGUGAAAGGGGCAAGUACUCUUGCUGAAGAAGACGAUGAAGAAGAGGAGGAGGACAUCGAAUUUGAUGAAGAUUUUGAAGAUGACGAGGAGGACAUGCUUGAGCAUUUCUUAGCAGAACAGACAGGGAAGUCAUCAGCUUAGGCUUCAAGAUCAUAAGACAGGGCAUGUUUCUGCAAAUCUAUUUGUAGGGAAAGCCCAAAGUGGUUAUAUAUAUGCUGCCCGUGAUUUUGUUUUCACAUCAAUUGGCUGGAAAAAAUACCGUGAAGAGGCCACGGAAGGCAGCAAUGGGCUCUCGCACUGAUCUUUGUUGAGGUGUGGAUUAUCAAAAAGCAUCUGCAUAAUGUACUUCGGCAUGUAAUUUAUCAGUGUUGGUCAGGGUUAUAUCGCUUAUGUAAGGAUCCUAUUCUGUAAACAAGUCUGCCUGACGCUUUAACCAAAAUUCUAGAUCCCUGCUUCA